AUGAAAAAAAUUAUUAAAGUUAAACCGAUAAGGAAGUUUGUCAAAGAAUUUGAUGAUCCGAGACAAAUUCACCGUAUUUUACAAGAACAAAAAUGCUCUUUUUCUCAACUGGAUUCAAUAAAAAAAGAAAGAGAAAAAAUGGACAUUGAUAUGGACAAACUUAAUGUUGAACUAGAGGAAUUUAAAAAAUACGUACAUGACAAGUCGUUUAAAGUUGAAGACUACAUAGAAACGAUUGAUGAAUGUGAAAAUAUUAUUAGAGAUGAAAAAAUAAAGCAGGAAGAUUAUAAUAAAAAUAUUAAAUCUAUUGGUAUUAAUAUAAAAAAAUUAGACAAAAUCGUUAAAGAUGCCAAGUCCCGCAUUGAAAGUUAUAAGCCUUACGAGGCAUGUUAUAGUGUUAUGAGUACAAUAUUAGUACAGCAAUAUUAUAAUGUAAAAACUAUUCCUAAAACAGUCUUGUUCACGCUUUAUAGAUAA